AUUUAACUUCUGUAACAUGGGGCUGGUUCAGUGACACUGCUGCUGGGUCAUGUGGGCAUUUGGCUCCUUGGCAGGUAGCAGCAGUGAGCAGCAGGCACUGGCUCAUUCAAAGGACAUGGCUGCCUUCCUCUCCAGCCUGGUUCAGUUCCGGGGCCUACUUCAGAUGAUCUUAGUGCUGGGAAUUGGGGGCAGUUUCCCAUAUGGAUUCCAUAUUUCUGUCAUCAACUAUCCUUCUGUGCACAUCAGGAAGUUCAUCAAUGAAACGUGGAUAGAUCGCCACGGCUCUGCCCUCCACCCUGACACAGUCAUGCUGCUGUGGUCCUUCAUUGUGUCUGUCUAUGGCAUAGGAGGGUUCCUGGGCAGCCUCUGCUGUGGCUACCUGACUACAAAAUACAGAAAGAAAAAGUGCCAAAUGUUCACCAACCUGAUCAUGUUGGUAGCUGCACUUUUCAUGGCCCUCAGCAGAACAGCCAAAUCCUUUGAGAUGAUUCUGGUUGGGCGCUUUCUCUACGGCAUUGGUGCAGGUUUUUCUCUCAACAUACAUCCUCAGUAUGUAGGAGAGAUUUCACCCAAGAAGCUGCGUGGUUUCACCAACGCCACUGUUGCUGUUUUCCUGACCCUGGGGAAGCUCACAGGACAGCUUGUUGGACUACGGGAGAUUUUAGGAAGCGAAGCUUUGUGGCCAUGGUUGUUAGCAUCUAGUGGACUUUCAGCAUUGCUUCAACUGGUUACCCUCCCAUUUUUCCCUGACUCACCAUCCUACCUCCUGAUACAGAAGGGUAAUGAGGAAGCCUGCAGGAAAGCCAUCAGGAAGCUCUGGGGGGAAGGAGACCACCAAGCAGAAAUUGAUGACAUUAUGAAGGAGAAGGGCGCCGUGGCGAGCACCAAAACCUUGCGUGUCCUUGAAGUGCUCAAAGAGCGAUCCCUGCGCUGGCAGCUCUACAUCCUGCUGAUCGUCAUGACCACGCUGCAGCUCUGUGGCAUAAAUGCAAUCUACUUCUAUUCUUUUGAAGUAUUCCACACAGCCAAGUUUGAAGAAUACCUGAUCCCAUACGUGUCCCUGGGGGUUGGGCUGUGUGAGUGCUUGUCCUCCAUACUGUGUAGCACCCUCAUAGACCGCUUUGGGCGGAAGGUGCUGCUCUGGGGCGGGUACCUGCUGAUGAGCUCUGUGCUGGCACUGCUCACCACCACCCUGUCACUGCAGCAUCGCUUUUUCUGGAUGCAUUACUUCAGUGUUAUCUUGAUCUUCCUCUUCGUUGUCUUCUUUGGAAUUGGACCAUCUGGAGCCACCAUAUCUGUGAUGGUUGAAAUCUUCAGCCAGUCAUACAGACCAUCAGCCUUCCUGAUUGUUGGCUGCAUCAACUGGAUGGGACUCUUUGUACUUGGGAUGAUUUUUCCAGUGAUUGUUGAUAACCUUGGACCCCUCUGCUUCCUCAUCUUUUUGGGAAUCCUUGUUUUAUCAGCAAUUUUCAUCUACCUGUAUCUUCCUGAGACCAAGGGAAAAUCAAUCAUGGAAAUAAAAACAGAAUUCAACAAGCUGAACUUUGGGAAAAAAGAAACCUCUGUCACUGAAAAUAACCUUCCUAAGGAACAGUUGCAUUGCACCAAGCUCUGAAUGUUCAGGGAAGAAAUUUGCAUCCCUUAGAAAAGACAGGAAACAAUGUUGCAACAGAACUAAAAAGGAAACAUUAAAAACAGACUGCAAGCUC